AUGCUACAUCUUGAUAGAGAAAAACGACCAACAACAGAAAAAGUUUUAAUGCAACUCAAGAAAGCAUUGGUAUUUCAAAACAUGGCAUCAACAAUGAACCAGUUUGCUCACUUACAAAUCCCACUUGAAGAUGUGGCGAAGGCCACCAACAACUAUCAUCAUGAUAACAUCAUCGAACAUGGUGGAGUUGGUAUCGUAUAUAAAGGACGACUCUUGUGGUCUGGGAGGUUGAUGGAGAUUGCUGCACGGAGGUUUGAUUGUAAGCAUGGGGAUGGAGACCUCGAGUUCUUGGCAGAAAUUUCAGCGCUUUCUGAUCUCAAACAUAAAAAUCUGGUCUCUAUUAUUGGGUUUUGUGACGCGAUAGAUGAAAAGAUCAUUGUAACCACGUAUGGGGCCAAUGGAAGUCUAGGCCAGUAUCUAAACAGCCUGAACCUCACAUGGAAGCAAAGAUUGAGGAUAUGUCUAGGUGUGGCUCGUGCGUUAAGUUACCUACAUUAUGACAAGGGACGUGAUUAUGCUAUUCUACAUUGUAACAUCAAUAGCAACACAAUUUGUUAG